AUGUUGUACAGACAGGAAACCGACCCUUCAAUACAAGAAUUCAUCACACCUUGCACAGAACUAAGCUUAAAUGCUGAACACCCUGAAACAAUUUUCACAAACUUAGUAAUCAAAUCAGACAAACUAAGGAAACUAACUAUAAUUAACUUUGACAUCACCAAGCUAGAUGUAUCCAAAUGCACAGCAUUAAGAACACUAACAUGUACGAAUAACAACAUAACUGAGCUAAUUGUCAACAAAAACUUGAAAGCACUUGAUUGUGCCAACAAUAAAAUUACAAAAUUCACUCCCCCAGAAGAUUUAAAUCAAUUGAUAUGUUCUUAUAACAAAUUAACAACCCUAAUUCUAAGUCCUAAUAUAAUAGAAGCCUAUUGUGAUUAUAAUGCAUUAAAAACUUUACACCUAAAUCAAAAAAUAAGAAUAUUAAAUUGCAAUAACAACCAAUUAAAAAACCUUAACUUAAACAAACAAUUAUUAAUACUAUUUUGCAAGCGAAAUUUACUAUCAAAAAUGCGGCUCACUUUAAACUUAAUGGAAUUACAUUGUGCUCACAACUUAAUAGAAUCAAUAAAAAUCAACAACUCAUUGAGAAAGUUGUCAUGCAAGGAUAAUAAAAUAAUAACCCUUACAUUAAAUUAUUUUUUCCCACAUAAAAAAAUCCUACUCAAAACAGACUGUGAAGUGUGA